CAUGGGGCCGACUCCCGUAUAACGUACGCUAGAAGGCGCAUACCAGGACGCUUUCGGGCAUAUAUGCCUUCAUAAUGGCCUCCCGAGCUCUCCGCAAACGCUCAACAAGAAACACCGGCUGCCCUGCCCACUUGGCCAAGCUAAGCUAGCCCAUGCUCUUCUCAUUUCCCUCUCUGCUUCUUCGGCCACGCUGCCGGCUCACUUGCUGAGCGACCGGCCGCGGCCGGUAAAUACCAGUGCCAUCCUAUGUGGUUCCCAGGAGGCCAUUUCUCGCUGGCGCUCGCCGUGUGGCAUGCUCUCCUGGUCCUGGGCCUUGGGAGCGGCAGCUCGGCGCUCAGCUGCUACUCGCGCAUCUUCAGCUUCGGCGACUCCCUCACCGACACCGGCAACUACGUGCGCCUGACGGCGAAGAACCCGAGCCCGUACGGAGCGCCGCCGUACGGGACCACGUUCUUUGGCCAUCCGACCGGCCGGGCGAGCGACGGCCGCCUCGUCAUCGACUUCAUCGCGCAGGAGCUUGGGCUGGCCAAUGUGACGGCCAUCCGGACGAGCACGGCCCCGGCGGACUUCGAGCACGGCGCCAACUUCGCCAUCAUCUCGGCCACCGCCAACAACGGCUCCUUCUUCGCCGGCAAGGGGAUGGACAUCACCCCCUUCUCGCUCGACACGCAGAUGAUCUGGUUCAGGGCCCACAUGCAGCAGAACCUCGGCACCAACGUGCUGGCCGACGCGCUGGUGGCGCUGGGCGAGAUCGGGGGCAACGACUACAACUUCGCCUUCUCGAGCGGGAUGCCGCGCGAGAGGGUGCGGGCGUUCGUGCCGGCCGUGGUCGAGAAGCUGGCGGCGGCGGUGGAGGAGCUGAUCGGGAUGGGCGCGAGGGCGUUCAUGGUGCCCGGGAACCUGCCCUUCGGGUGCGCGCCGCUCUACCUGCGGCGGUUCCGGAGCGCCCGCGCCGGGGACUACGACGCGCGGACGGGGUGCCUCGCGUGGUUCAACAGGUUCGCCGAGUACCACAACCGGGUCCUCACGGCGCGGCUCGACGCGCUCCGGCUCCGCCACCCGGACGUCACCAUCGUCUACGCCGACUGGUACGGCGCCAUGAUGAGCAUCUUCCAGGGCCCCGAACGGCUAGGUACGUACGAAUCACAAACACUCUACUGUCAUGUUGUGGCAACCAAACAGUGCCAUGCGGUAGACCUGGGUGCACCGUAUGCGACGACCCAUCCACGUACGGCUCGUGGGAUGGGACGCACCCGACGGAGGCAGUGUACAAGGUGAUCGCUGACGGUGUGCUGCACGGCCCACACUCGUCCCCUCUUCCUCUGGCCAAGACUUGCCCUCCCAGUUGAGGAAACCUCCCCUGGUUUGCUAAUUUGUGAAGAAAUUAGUCAUUAUUUCCGUAAUUAUGUAAAGAAUUGUCUGAUCAUCUAAUAUCAUGCAUGUGUGGAAUACGGUAAUAGAGCGUCAGUUCAUAACGUAGGCCAGCUUAAUGUCCAUACAAGUUUCGUGUACAAAUGCAAUGCCGUGUCUCCCUCUCCUCUAUUGGAUGUACAAGUUUGCACAAUUAUUGGUGAACGUGCGUGUGUAGCGUAUUUAUUGGGGAGUUCUCACCGUCA